ACCUCCUGCUCCACCUCAGCCACCCACCCCACCUCCAUGUCCCCUCCGUCGGAGUCUCACCUCAGCUCAUCCACUCUCUCACUGGACUCUUGGAGACACACUGACCCAUUAUUCAGCUGCCAUGAAGACUGCUCUAGUCCUGCUGCUGCUCAUCUCUCUGGCCGCUCACAGCGCUCUCUCUUGCUCUGUGUGCGAAGGCCACGCUCUCAGGUGUCACACAUGCGUCGCGUCCAAUGAUGAGGACUGUAACCGUCAGGGCUCCACCUCCUGUCCUCAGUACGCCGACGCCUGCUCCACCAUCACAGGACCCAACACUGUGAUGAAAUCGUGCACGUACAAGGCUUUCUGCGAAAAGGCUAAUGGCGGAAACUCCGGAGCCAAGAUGGAGUGUUGCUUUGGAGACGACUGCAACGGGCCCCACAAGAGCCAUCACCACCACAACAGCGCAGGGGCUGUGGCCUCUAGCCCAGUCCUGCUGAGCGCAGCGCUGCUGCUGCUGCGUAUGGCCUUUAGUCAGCUAUAAGCUCCCCUCUGCCCCCUCUUUUCCACCCACAAGUCAUCAACUCCUCUUUAUCUUUUUUUUAUUUGUAAUAUUAUACAUCCAAAUUCAAAAAGGAAUUCGAGUUUCAGAGAGUUUCAUGUGGUUUGCAACUGUUGUGUGGGCGGAGAGCAUAAAGUGUGUUACAAUGACUGGUUGAAUGUGUGCACUUUAGCAAUUUUGAAGUCAUCGCCAUGUUCAGUUGCAGAUGAUAUAUAAAGCUGUGGAGCAACUGACGAACGCGACAAUAUGCGUGGUGAAGGAACGUGUGCAAAGUGAAGAACUGACAGCUCUGGGGGGGAUCCGGGUGUGGUUUUCUUCCCGUAGGUGCAGGGUAGCGCGCUGCUCUCUUCACACCAUACAACCACACUAUUUAUCUGUGUCAUUGCCAUUGUCAUUGUCAAUCUCCAAAACUUAACAUACAAAACUGCCUGUAACAAUGUGUUUAGUGCUUCAUUUCUUUUAUUUCUGUGCAUUCAAGCUUGUCCGAAUAAAGAUACAAUCACACCCUUA